AUGGCCGGGAAUUGUUUUCGCUGGCUCUGGUGGUGGCUCCCGAUCGCGGUCCUAUCCGGGUGCUUCGUCCCACCGGCAGUCGAAGCAGGUAUUUCGUGCACGUCCACCUAUCCCGCGGAGACAUCGCGUGACAAACGGUACGACACGGACGUAAUAAUCUUUCUGGGCGAGAGAUGCGAUGGGGAGAUCAACAUCACCGAGAUACAGGAUCACUUGGAGCACGCGCCCGAUCUAACCAGCGAGCUCUCGAUCAGCGUGUUACCGAGAUCCCUGACGUGUGAGACGGAAACUGGAGGUCUUGGCGCGCUGAUGCACGCUUUUGGCGAGAGCAACGCGAAGGCGGUGAUAGCCGCGCUCGACAGCUCGAUCUGCGAGGUCGCCGCCAAACUCGCGCAUCUUGGGAAUAAACUGCUGCUAACUUGGACUUGUCCGCUGAGAGAUUUAAAGGAGAAGGAUCUAUCUUCGAUCAUUAGGCUUUCUCCGUCAUUACCGUCAAUGGCAAAUGCCGUAGCGGAAAUAUUUCUGCAUUUGCAGUGGAAGACCGCGGCUGUUAUCAGCAUAGAUCGCGAACCGUGGUCCAGCCUGGAUCAUGCCAUGAUCAAUGCGUUCCGACGGAUCGGCGUCGUUCUGCGGUACCAUCUGAUUCUACCCCAUCGCGCCACCCUCGAGCAGAUCCGCAGGAUUCUAAGAUCCGUGCACAGUGUCUCCCGUCGUGCUAUGGUGCUCUGUCUACCGCUGCUCGACGAGAUGACGAGCCGCGUUCUGAUCGAAUUGAACGUCGCGUGGCAAACGCACAUCCAGAAUUCCGCCAUCCUGAUGAUCCACACAGAGGAUAUCGACCUCUUUCUACCGAAAGACGUCUCGCCGCCCACGUCGCACCCCAUCGAUCCAUCAACCUCGGUCCACUCAGCGAUUACUCAGUCUUCCAAUUUUUCUACCUCGAAUGUAACUCACGCUGGCCCAUAUGCGACCCCGGAAAGAGGUGAGAGAAUGCAGAGGGUGCAGCAGACCGCGCGGAGAUUCGCCCCACCAAGAAAUCUCAGCAGCACCACGAUAGAAAAUCUACUUGUGGUCGCGCCGCUUGAUCAGAGGUACGACGUGAAGAAGAUCUUUAAUGGCACGCAAGAUUACGCAACGCUGGCGUUGUUCGAUCGACUGAACGAAUCAUUGACUGUGCUAAUGCGCGAUAACAGCAGUCUUGACAGCCAUAACAAUAAGAUAUACACUUAUGCCCUGAUGAAUUGGCGUGACGCCGGCUGGGAGCCAAUCCUUGCGGUAGUCGAACGGCAUCAGCAGUUGCUAGUCCAGCAGCUGACGCCAAGCGCUGUGGCAUUUCUGAACAUCGAGGGUCCCGAUCCGCCGUCUUGCGACGUCGAUGGUGAUUGCCCGAAUGGCUUGGCCGACAUGUCUUUCCGUACCACACAUAUCGUAGCUAUUAUUCUGGGGUCGCUGCUGUUCACCUUUGUCGCCAUCGCCGUCGCGAUUAUAAUCCGGAAGCGACUGCUUAAGAAAAGAAUGUCCAAAGGUCCGUACAAAAUCAUUCUAACGACGUCGGACUUCGUUUUUCCUCAAGUGCCUCCAGUAGAUUCCAGAACGGUAGACGAAGGCAUCGAGGCGAUGCUGUGCUGCUGGCUGCAGCAGCUGCAAGAAUUUGGCGGGCCGGAAGUCGAGAAACCGGAUCUGCUUCAACUCGGGAGCGUGAACUCGCUAAGGCCAUACCUGCAGGCCAGCGGGGGAAACAUACCGAGGCAUACCUUCUUCAAGGAUCCGCGUGCUAGAUAUAACGGUGACUUGGUUCAAUUGAAGGAGCUGCCCUUUCAAGGUACGUUCGAACUGAAGAGCAAGGCCAUGGACGUGCUGGUCACGAUCCACGGGCUGCGACACGAGAACCUCAAUCCUCUGAUUGGAUGCCUUAACGAACCUACGAGACCUUGUCUAGUAUCGGAGUACUGCUCAAGGGGCUCCCUGGAGGACGUACUCGUCCAGGAUGAGAUUAAACUCGACUGGUCCUUUAGAUUAUCCUUACUUACCGAUCUUGUACGGGGUAUGAAAUACCUUCACAGCACUCCAAUACGCGUCCAUGGCUAUCUCACGUCGCGAAAUUGCGUGAUCGAUGCGAGAUGGGUCUUAAAAGUUACCGAUUACGGUUUGCCUGCAUUUUAUGAAGCUCAGAAUAUAGUACCACCAGUAAAAACAGCUCGAGAUCUGUUAUGGACCGCGCCGGAACUGCUUAGACAUCCGAAUUUACAGAAAAAGGGAACCCAGCCGGGAGACGUUUACAGUUUCGGAAUUAUCAUGCAAGAAGUCGUUGUUCGCGGAGAACCAUUUUGUAUGCUCGCCCUAUCUCCAGAAGAUAUAAUCGAGAAAGUAAUGAAACCACCACCCCUGAUAAGACCGUCAGUCAGUAAGGGCGCUGCACCACCGGAAGCCAUUAACAUUAUGCGACAGUGCUGGGCGGAAACUGCUGAAAUGAGACCCGAUUUUGAUGAUGUACACGAUCUCUUCAAGAAGCUAAAUCAUGGGAGAAAGGUAAACUUCGUGGAUACGAUGUUCCAAAUGCUCGAGAAAUACUCGAACAAUCUGGAAGAACUUAUUCGUGAGCGUACGGAACAGCUUGACAUGGAGAAGAAAAAGACCGAGCAAUUAUUGAAUAGAAUGUUACCUAGUUCGGUCGCCGAAAAACUGAAGCUUGGCAUGCCCGUUGAUCCUGAAGAGUUUCGCGAAGUCACCAUUUAUUUCUCGGACAUCGUUGGCUUCACGACGAUAUCCGCGCGCUCGACACCUUUUCAAGUGGUCGAUCUUCUCAAUGAUCUGUAUACUUGCUUCGACGAUACGAUUAAUGCAUACACGGUUUACAAGGUGGAAACUAUCGGAGAUGCCUACAUGGUUGUAGGCGGUUGUCCAGUAAGAAUACCCGAUCAUGCAACUCAAGUAGCAACUAUGGCGCUUGACCUGUUACAUCAAAGUGGAAAGUUCAAGUUGAAACAUCUUCCGGACACUCCGCUUAGAUUACGCAUUGGCCUUCAUACGGGCCCGUGCUGUGCCGGCGUAGUAGGUUUAACAAUGCCGCGUUAUUGCUUGUUCGGUGACACUGUGAAUACCGCUUCGAGGAUGGAAUCGACUGGGGCGCCGUGGCGUAUCCAUCUGAGCCAGGCGACAAGGGAUCGAUUGACACAGGUUGGUGGAUACCACAUUGAAUACCGAGGGCCCACUGAUGUCAAGGGUAAAGGCAAGAUGCCGACCUACUGGCUUCUCGGCAAGCAGGGUUUCGACAAGGAGCUCCCCAAGCCGCCACCCCUUAGGGAGAGCCAUGGGCUCGACGAAAAUCUCAUGCUGGACAGCCUCCAGAACGGAGUCGGUACCUUGGCGUGCCCCCAGCUACCGGUAAUCCCGUCGCAGGACGAGACGCACGAAGAACUGCCGAGUCCCGAAAUUAAACCCGACCGUCAGGAGUCCGUCAGCAGCGAAGUCACUACUGGCAGUAGUCGAGCCGCGUCUUUCGAGGAGGCUGCCAGCACUAGGAAGGUCGCCGUGUCCGUACACAACGAACGCACCUUACUGCCGAGCUAUUCUUUGAAGUCCACCAACGACUUCAUCGAGGUAUUACAGGGCAAGCAGGACACAGCGACGAAGACGAGCGAGGCGGUUCACAGCGGCAUGACCAAGAGCACGUCCAGCGACAACCAAGUUUCGCUCGGCAUGUCGGCGUCUGGUGCUGAUCCGCCCGCGGCACUCCUCGGCGCGUCUACCAGUUCGCUUACGUCGAUCGCCAGCUCGACGGCGUAUCGACAGCCGCUGGCGAGGCAUCGCCGCUUCGCUCCUGGAUGCAUCGAUGAGAACGAUCUCAGUACACCGUACAAUCAUUACAGAUGUCUGUCGCCCAACGAGUAUCACGUGAAGGGCCCUGGAUGCCGAAUGCUCAAGAGGCAAUUUAGCCUGGAUCGUCCGGACGAACCAGUGUCCAUAAUUCCGGAGCAGCUUCCGCCGAGGUCAACUCCUCGUCUCUACAAGCAAAAUAGCGCGGGCGCAGCCAACGACUUGGAGAGAAUCGAGGAAGUGCCACCAGCAACUCCUAAGCCCCUCCUUCAAAAUUAUCGUCAUGCUGCUUCCGUAUCCCUUUCCGUCGAGUCCCUAUCAUUACGUUAA